AGAUUCAUCAGAAAAUGAAUAAUAAUAAUAAUAAUACACAACAACCAUAAUAAUUAAAUGUCGAAAUCAAUCAAGUAUAGGUAAUACAACAACCUCAACAACAAAAUGUCCAAAAUGUUUCACAGAGUCAAGUGGAAGAAAAAUUUAAUAUGUUGGAAAAAUAAAAACAAUAAUCGAUAAUCAUUACAUGAAAAUAAUUGGAAUAAAAUGAAGAGGAGAUUAUAACUUAAAAUUAAUUUAAUACAGGGAUAUAGAAAUAAACAAUUAUAAUAUCAGAUGAUGAAAAGAAAACAAGAGGAAGAGAUAGAUUACCACCAAACUCCAACAAAAAGAGAUAAUAAAAGAGUAAAUAGAAAGAGACAACAUAAGUCACAUAAGAGAUCUUUUGGAUAUGAGAUGAUUAUAAGACGACCAAUAACCCAAGCAAUGAUGAGGAAUGAAGAUGGGACUUAGAACUUUGUAUGUGAUAAGAUUUAGCUAGAAUCAAAAUAUGGUGAUUAUGAAGAAGAGGCAAAGAAAAAACAAGAGAAAGCAAUAAAUGCGAAUUAGCUAUGCUUUAGAGAACUUAAAUAUGAUGGAAUAGUACAUGACAUGGCAAUCACAUGAACAAUAAG